AUAUAUAAAAGACUAAGAAAAAAAAAAAAAUGAAGAACUCAGUUGCUAUAUAUAUAUUUGCCAUGCAAAUACCCAAUUUUUCUGCAGGGUGAGGAAAUAUUUUCAUCUGAAUUUGGGAUUUUAUUUCUUAAUUUUCUCCCCAUUCGAAGCUGGGUGGCACAGAGGUUUCAUCCAGAAAAUUGUUAUCCUGAUUCUUCAAUGGUUUCGGGCGAUUCACAUCUCAGAAAAGGGAUUUUCUGGCUUUCAAAAUUUUGGUUGAUUACUUGAUGACGUCCACGUAUAUUGGUGAAUUUACAUUGGUCCAUUGGAGAUCAGUCACACUGUAAUGAUUGUGCUAGCACUUCCAGAAAAGUAGAAGGAUAGUAAAAUACUCAUCAUUUGCAGAUUUCAAUAUUGAGGGGAUGGAUUGCAAUAAGGAUGAUGCCAUUAAGGCCAAACAGGUUGCUGAGAAAAAGUUUGUGGAGAUGGACAUUGCGACUGCAGUUAGAUUUGCCUUGAGGGCCCAUAGUUUGUAUCCGAGUCUUGAUGGUCUUCCGCAAUUUAUUGCAACUCUUAAUGUUUACUUGUCUGCAGAGAAAAGAAUUGAUGGAUGCAUUGAUUGGUACAGGAUCCUUGGUGUGGAUCCUCUUGCUGAUGAAGAAACCAUUAGGAAACAUUAUAGAAAAUUGGCACUCAUUCUUCAUCCUGAUAAAAACAAAUCAAUUGGUGCAGAUGGGGCCUUUAAAAUUGUAUCUGAAGCUUGGAGCUGCUUGUCUGACAAAGCCAAAAGAGCAGUGUUUGACCAUAAGCGGAAUAUAAGAGGUAUGCCUAUGAAGUCCAAUGAAAUAAGGUCACCAGUUCCAAUUGUUCGGAAUGGUUUCCAUAAUCUCUUCCCCAAUAAUAAUUUGAAUAGAUGGCAAUGGAGAAGUGAUAAUGAGGUCCCUUCUGCCCCAUCUUCUCAUCCAGUGAAACCCACGUUUUGGACAAUGUGCAAUUCAUGCAAGGUGCAUUUUGAGUAUCUCAGAUCUUAUCUUAAUCACAAUCUUAUUUGUCCCAACUGCCGCAUAUCCUUUUUGGCUGUUGAAAACCCGUCCCCACCUUUCAAUGGGAAUCCUCCAUCCUCCCCAUGGACUUUCAACAUGCAGCAACAGGCUUCCAGUGCAUACAACCAUUUCAAGAAAUCAUUUAAUGUGGAGAAGACAGAGUUUUCUGCUAGGGGAAGUAUGGACUCCGCAGGAUAUGGUAGUAUGGAAUCUAUGCAUAAAUCUUUUCAUUCUGGUACGUCAUGUAAAGUCAGAGCAACUGAAAGUACGCAAGCAUCAGCUUCUUCAGCAGCUAAAGCUUUUAGUUUCUUCAAGUCAUCAUCUCCAAAGAUGAAGGUAGGGCAUAAAGAUGGCAUAUCGGCAGCUAUGAAAGAGGAAUUUUCUCCAAGGGAAGAUCACACUCCUAACAAAGGGGAUGCUGGUCUUGCCUCUACAUCCUUCAAUAACAGUACCUGCUCUGCACACAAAGGAGAUAGACGGAAGAAAAAAAUGCGCAUAUCUGGACAUAAAAUGCAGGGCAAUAUCAAAAACUUUCUCAGACAAAUAGAAAUAGAUAAUGCAGGGAUUAUUAAGGAGAGUAGUGGGUCUCAAAAGUAUAGCUUUGAAGGAAGAAGGCCAAUCACUGGAAAGUUUAGACCUCCUAAUAAUACAAGGGAGCUUUCCCAAGUGGAAUUGCGACAGAUGUUGAUGGGGAAGGCUAGGAACGAGAUCUGCAAGAAGCUUAAUGAAUGGAAAGCAGAUGCGUCAUCAACCAUUUUGCAAAGGAUGGCAAAUUCUAACAAGAAUCUUGUUGAAGAGAAAGAGGGGAAAAGUGUUGUUCUAAAUGGUAUGGAAUCCAGUAAAGAUUUGAAUACUGCAUGUAGUAAAGAUGAAUUGCAGACAACAUAUACUUUACCUUCAAAUUCCAGUGAGAGUCCAGACACCAAGGAUUCUGAAUCUUUCUCCAUGAGCGUUCCUGAUCCAGAUUUUUAUGAUUUUGACAAGGAUCGUGCGGAAAAGUCAUUUGGUAGUAAUCAGGUUUGGGCUGUUUAUGACGACGAUGAUGGUAUGCCUCGGUAUUAUGCCAUGGUUCACAAAGUUAUAUCAUUGAAACCAUUCAAAAUGCGGAUCAGUUGGCUUAAUUCUAAAAGUAACAUUGAACUGGCCCCGUUGAACUGGAUUGGUUGUGGAUUUCCAAAGACUAGUGGGGAUUUCUGGAUUGGAAAGCAUGAAGAUUAUGGCUCUCUCAAUUCGUUCUCACACAAAGUUAAGCAGAUAAAAGGCAAGAGAGGAGCUAUUAGAAUCUUUCCUGGUAAAGGAGAUGUGUGGGCUCUAUAUAGGAAUUGGUCUCCUGAUUGGAAUGAGCUUACUCCAGACGAUGUCAUUCACAAAUAUGACAUGGUGGAAGUCCUUGAAGAUUACAAUGAAGAUAAAGGGGCUGCUGUUGUUCCAUUAGUUAAAGUUGUUGGUUUCAAGACUGUGUUUAAAAAGCACUCAAAUCCAUCGAAGAUCCGCAAUAUUCCCAGAGAAGAAAUGUUUCGGUUUUCUCACCAGGUCCCUUCAUGCUUGCUUACAGGUCUUGAAGGUCAAAAUGCUCCUGCUGGUUGCUGGGAGCUCGACCCUGCAGCAACGCCCCUGGAACUUCUUCAAGUUCCCAAUGAAGCUGAAAUAGAACUAGAAGAAGCAGUUGAGAGCGCCGAACAAGCCAAGGACAGACACGCAAUUGAAGCUAUAAAAUGUGCUAAAGCAUCAAACCUUGAGAAUAAUGUAGAAACAACUAUGCGAGGGCUAGAAGUUCAGGAUAAUGUAAAGGUGGAAGAUCUAAUGAUGCAUAAGGGAAAUAAAACAACAGUUCCAAAGAUGAUUGUGUAUAGCCGGAAACGGUUCCGGGGAAAAUUGCCAAUCGGUGCCGAGUUAUCAGCACAUUAGAUAACUUUUGAGAAAUUGUUUUCAGAUGAAUAUACCAUAGACAUGAGUGUAGCAGCAAAUGGCAUACACAGUACAGCAUCUAAGCCCCAAUCCAUCCUAAUCGUUGUUUUGAUUUAAUUUUUUUGUUCAUUUUAUUUGUCUUCUCAGUCCUGAGAGAUAUUAAUUGGUGAUACAUGUGGAGAAGUGUUUCUUUAGUCUAGUUUUUCUCUCUCACGCUGUUUAGGCUACAAUUUUGUCUAGUUUUUGACACCCUCAAUACUAAUUUCGGUUUCAGUUUCUGGUAGCUUGGGGAGUGUUGGAAAAGGCAGUUUCCUUUGGCUUUGAUUAACCAUAUGGUAUACAAUAUCGUAGCUCCAGAUUGAUAGGCUAAUUUAACUCUUUGCUCCCAGAGAUGUAAUUACUUUACUUGUACAUUCGAGGUCAUUAUCUAUCCGUUCCUUUUUAAUGAAAAAUCCAUUUUGAA